AUGGUGUGUGUGACAGCAUGAGUGACGGAGAAAGUUAGGAUCGGGUGUGUACAUAUGAGGCUUCUGUAUCACAAAAAGGUCACGUCGCUUUAUAUAAUACAAUGAAACUGGUUCACUGGUUACACAUCGGAACCCACUCAGAUGAAUUUAAAGUAAGUUUAGGCCUCUAUUAGAGGUGAGGAGUGGUGCGGACCCAACAUCUCUUCAUUUCCAGUGUAUCGUUUGUGAUACCAGUCUUUGAAAAUACAACAACAUGAGGAACUUACACAUAUCAACUGUAAUUUCUUGGAAUCAGACUCCCUCUCAAACACACGCAGUAACAGUUUGAGCUCGAGAUGAACAUCACACUGUGGGAGCGUCAGAAAGCGGAAGUGUGCGUCCAUGGUGAUAGUUUGAAGCAGAAAAAGGAAGUGCUCUUUAAACUGGACAUAUCAGUAUAAGGUCAUCCAGUUUGUGUAUGCGUGUGUGUUCUUGUUACUCCGUAUCAUGUGAUUUUGAACCCUGUAAUAUAAUAAGCAGGGUCUCAUAUAUUAAUUUAAUAUUUAGUUCCCUCGUGCUUUUUUAACAGGAUGUGUAAUACACCUUUUCACAGCAGUUUUAUCCUCUUGGAAAAUGUCUUUCACAUUUUUGACACACAAUGCGAUGAUCUUUUUUCAUACUUUUAAACAUGUUAACAAUUAAGGAGGAGAUUAAGUGCAUAACCUCUCACUACUGACAGGAUAAUAAUGAUUAAAUUCUAAAAAUGUCCAUGAAGAAACAUCUGAUCAAUUUUAAUACCUCACGUGAAGAGAUGGUGUUGGCAGUGAAAUGGAUCUUUUAUUUUGACAUAAUUCAAUAAGAUCUGUCUUUUUUACAUACUAGAUGAAUCACAUUUAUCAAACAUUUAAAAAUCCCUCUCUGACCACCCUUUUUAACAACUUGUUUUCAGUUUGAAGAAAUCUAGAGCUUCUUUCUCUCCAUGUUUGUCUCUGCUGCUUUCCUCUCCUGGUAUCUGUCUACUCCGCUCCGUCACACCUGUCUCCUUCAUCCCUCUCUCUCUCUCUCUCUCUCUCUCUCUCUCUGCCAGUAUGGCAGCGUGGGACCUGGCAGUCACAGUUGAGGACCUGGGGCCCGAUUCCCCACCUGUCAACCUCAGCGUGACCUCUGAACUCCACGUCGGAGGGGUCAUCCUCAAGCUGGUGGAAAAAACACAGAUCAAGCGGGAUUGGUCGGACCAUGCCCUGUGGUGGGAGCAGAAGCAGCGGUGGCUGCUGAGGACGUCCUGGACUCUGGAGAAAUACGAAAUCCAUGCUGAUGCUCGGCUGCUUUUCAUGCUCCGGCACAAGCCCCUGAAGCUGGGUCUGCCCAACGGCAUCACCCUGAGGCUCCACGCCUGCUUCUCCAGCCCCGUCUUCCAGACCGUGAUGGGCAUCUGCAGGAUGCUCAACAUCCGUCACCCCGAGGAGUUCUCCCUCCUUCGGCCUGUAGAGGAGAAAAAGAAGAAGAAAGACAAAGACUCAGCGGAGGAGAUCUACGACCUGACCGAGGUGCCCCUCUCCUCAGUGUCUCGCCCUUGUCUGUACAACGGCAUGCCAGCUCACUUUGCUGACUCACCUCAGAUGGAGGCAAUCUACAAGAUGCUGUCGGUUACUCAGCCUCCCCCCGCCCCAGAAGUCAUAGCCAAGCAGUACCGCGCAGCCAGCGUGGUAGACAAGGCCCAUAUCAAUGGCAGGUGGUUGGACUCAUCCCAUUGUCUUAUGCAGCAGGGCAUCCGAGAAAAUGAUCGACUCUGGCUUCGCUUCAAAUACUUCGCCUUCUAUGACAUUGAACCCAAGUACGAUGUUGUGCGUCUGACCCAACUUUAUGAGCAGGCUCGCUGGAACAUCCUGCUGGAGGACAUCGACUGCACCGAGGAGGAGAUGAUGCUGUUUGGAGCUCUGCAGUACCACAUAAGUAAGGUGUCUCAGUCGGAGCCCCAGAUGUUGAGCUCCAGUUCAGCCAUGGAUGACCUGGAUUCAGCCCUGCAGUGUCUAGAAGUCAAGAUGGAAGGAGAGAGCAGCUCCGCCUCCGAUCUGCUGGAAAACAUGACUGCACCAGAACUCAAUGACUAUCUGAAGAUAUUCAGACCAAAGAGGCUGACACUGAAGGGAUACAAACAAUACUGGUUCAAGUUCCAGGAUACAUCCAUCUCUUAUUUCAAGAGCAAAGAGGAGAGCAUCGGAGAGCCCAUCCAACAGAUAAACCUCAAAGGGUGUGAAGUGGCGCCAGACGUUAACGUGGCUGCACAGAAGUUCCAAAUCAGACUCCUGAUACCAGCACCUGAGGGAAUGAACGAGGUCUAUCUGCGCUGUGAAAACAAGCAGCAGUAUGCUCAGUGGAUGGCUGCAUGUCGACUGGCCUCCAAAUGCAAGAGUCUCGCCGACAGCAGUUUCCAGAGUGAAAUACAGAGCAUCCACUCCUUCCUGGCAAUGCAGCAAACCAACACUGGUUCCCACAGUAACGCACCUGCCAGUGACGAGAGCAUCAAUACCCACAGUCUGGUAUCGCCACGCUACCACAAGAAGUACAAAACCAAACAGCUGACCCCUCGUAUCCUGGACGCAUACCAGAACGUGGCUCAGCUCUCGCUGACUGAUGCAGUGACGCGCUUCCUGCAGAUCUGGCAGGCUCUUCCGGACUUUGGUCUCUCAUACUUCGUUGUCAGGUUCAAAGGUAGCCGAAAAGAUGAGGUAUUGGGCAUCGCCCCGAACCGUCUCAUCCGCAUUGACCUGGGAGUGGGUGAUGUGGUCAAGACAUGGCGUUACAACAACAUGAAGCAGUGGAACGUCAACUGGGACAUACGACAGAUGGCCAUCGAGUUUGAAGGCAACAUCAACAUUGCGUUUAGCUGCGUGACUGCUGACUGUAAAAUCGUUCAUGAGUUUAUUGGAGGCUACAUUUUCAUGUCAACACGCAGUCGUGAGAAGAGCGACACGCUCAAUGAGGAACUCUUUCACAAGCUGACCGGAGGCCAUGAAGCUCUCUGAGACCAAAACACACCGUGCAUUCUAGGAUGCAUUCAGCCGAGUACAAACUCACAUACUGCUCAUAUGUUAAUGUGUAAACCCACUUUAUCAGCCCACUUAUGUUUUUAUCUAGUGUUAGAUUCACACACACUGUUUUUCGUCAGAGGAUGGAGGACUUCACAUGAGUUCAAGGCGACAGGUCCUCAUGCUGACUUCUACUUGCCUUCAGGAUGGAGUAAACAUCUGGUUCAUCAUCACUGGGACAAAAUCAUUUUGGAUGAGCCACCAGCUUCUUUUCUUUUUCACCCUUUAGUAUUCAAACUUGUAAUCAGUAUUAUUCAGUAUGCAAAGCUAAACUUUGUCCACCGCUGCAGUCAUAUUAUCACUUAAACGUUUGUAAGUAAUGAAUAUCAGUAUGAAGUGCUACAUUAUUAAAACAAUUAGAAGUACAAUCUUUGCCACAAAAACAUAUGGAUAAAAAAAGAUUUAUUAAGAUAAAUACAAUAAUCCACUUUUAAUGAUCUGUUGUCUUCCCUCCGGGUAGUCGGGACAUAUGGUGGUAACUUCUGUUUUUUGUUACGCAGGAAGCUUUUGAUCAAUUAUCUCCUCUCACAUGCUGUGAGUGUGUCCAUAUCUUACAAGACACAGUAAAGUCAGUCCGUUAAAUAAAAAACACAGUUUCUGCACCCUCUGCUUUCCUAGAGUCACAUGGCUAACCACACACGCAAAUGUUUGUUGGCUUGUUGGUGCCAACAGGCAGAGUGUGUCUGUGUGUGUGUGUGUUUGUGACCACUGUUAUUUUAUAACUUUUUAGUAAGAUUGACCAGGUCAUCUAUUCGCGCCAUAGUUUACUUAGCAUUAACAAUACAAUAGGAACAUUAAAAAGUGACAUUCGUUACGUUAAGUUGGUUUAUUUGGUUAUAAAUAAAGAUGCCUCCCUACAGUU